CCCUUUUACCUUUCCAGCUCUACCCUGAACCUACCCCUUUAUUUCUAAGAACAUUUUCCUUGCAGUUACAGAUACUAAAUAUUUCUGUUCUUAAUAUUUGGGCUUAGAAACAAUUUAACAAAUCGUUUAUAUAAUAAAUGUUGUAAAAUUUUGAAUUAGAUUCCGUUUGAUUACUUUUCAUGUUUAAGACUUUCGUAACUAAAGUAAUAUUGAAUAUUAAAAGAAAACGUGAAUUAACUGAGAAAAGCUCAACCAGUUUCAAGUCAAAAUGAGACUCAUUGAUAAGACAAGUCGAGUGAUCACGCGGCUGGGCCGGCAAACGCUUGGAAACAGAGCCUAAAAUCUACGUCAAUCCCACAAUAAGCGUGGCAUGUAACACUGAUUCGAUCAGGAAUUGAACCUAACCCCAUCGCCGCUGAACGAGCCGGUCAACAUCGUCACCAACGCUACCGCACCGUUGCAGUUGGAAGCAAGCGCACGCCUUUGACGGUAGCAGGCGCAAUUCCAGCUGCGUGUGAAAAAGAGCCCGUCGUGACUUUAAACUGGACGAAGUUCGUUCUCAGUCGUUAUUGUCAUUAGUAUGUUUCAAGAUUAUUACUAAGUAGAGAUUUAAUAAAAACAUGAAUAUCAAACUUUGUUGAGUUUUUGACAGAUUACAAAAAAUCUAGAUGUAGAAGGUUUUAGUUUAUUCCCCGUUAAUGUCCUAAUUCGUCAUCUCUUUAUGAAAAAGCUAUUGUUAAAUAGGUUUUUUUAAGAUGUUUGUUUACCGUCAGACAUAUGUUUUGUUACAAAUUACUAAGAAAAAUAUAUAUAUUAUUACAAAAUAAGUAUUCUUGUAUUAGAGAUAAGUAUGUAUCUUAUAAUCUAAUAUGGCUUAUUUAUUGCUUCUUGAUAUUGCCACUAAAUACUAGAUAGCCUUGUAAAAAGGCAAGUGAAUGUCCAUAAUUGCUGAAGUUAUUAGAUGCGAUAAAAAAAUAA